CAGCUGCUUAGCCAUUGGCUGCUUCACACGUCAAUCAAACUCUCAAAGUUGCAGUAGAGGAUCCAGUUUGGAAGAGGAAGUUGUCGGAUAAUUUGUGAAUGCAUUGGGACAGUGAUCUUGGACAGAUUCAUCUUUUCUGUUGGUUAUUUUGACAGUGAGUUCGUCUUGGAGCAGAAUGGAGGGGCGACAGGACAGUUCACCCAUGCAGGCUUUCGAGAAGGACGUUUUGGAAAUGACUUGUGAAGAUGUUUAUGACAUUUCUUACGUGAUCGGCAGAGAUUUAUUAAAAGUCAGCACAGGGAGCCGGGAGUUCUCGGAUUUACAGUUCAAAAUCGUCCGCGUGCUAGAGAUGUUUGAGACCAUGGUGAACAAAUACAACCUGUCCCUGGAGGAGCUGAGGAUGGAGCUGGAGAACAUGAAGCGACAAACGGAAAGAGUUGUAGCAGAGGGUUCGACUUCGAGCGGUAACACGACUGUUGGGCCAAAUCAACUAGUCGUGGAUUCAAAAGACCCAAACCGACCACGAUUCACAAUGCAGGAGUUAAAGGAGGUUCUGCAGGAGAGAAACAAACUCAAAGCCCAGCUGCUGCUGGCCCAAGAGGAGCUGCAGCUCUACAAGAGUGGGGUCCUGGGAUCAGAGCAGAAGAUGGUGGAAGUGAACCUGGAGACCCUUCCUCAGUCAGAAGCUGCACCCUCCAGCGUUACAGAGGAGAACAAAGAGAAGAGCACCAUUCAGAAACUAUUCUCAUUUAGACAAAAAUAGUGGCCAGGGUUUUGCACAAACUAAAACACAUAUGAGACAAGCAAAGCCCCUUCUGCCAGGCUGAGGAGAUGGGAAGAAGGGAUCUCACUAUUAUUUUUAACAAUACUGACCCAUUUGUGGCUGGAAGUCGUCUUACUCAGUGUUUUAAUUGUGUGGUUUUUUUUAACUCUGUGGUUGUGUUUGUUACAGAGUGUGAAGCCAAACAUGAAUGACUAGAUGUCAGAAAGUCAAAUGUCCCUCUGAACACAAGCUCUAGUAGCUAACAUACAUUUGCUGACUGUUUGAAGCAUACUAGAUUGUCAUUAACAUUCUUCCAAUACCACACUAUCUUUUACUGAAAUAUUAUA